AGCUUCUGAGGCCAAAGACACGACGGCGCCCAGCACGUUGCCGCACUCGAGACCACGCCGGCGACCACGAGCGAGCCACGGCAAUACGACCGCUUCGCCCCAUCGUGCACAUUUCGGACAGCAUUCAUAUCUACAGUCGUCACGCCGGCGACCAACAGCCACAUUCACCACAUCACAGUCAAUAUGUUCCGACCUAGAUUAAGGAUACCGCGCGCAGGCGGUCUUGCCCAGCGUAUUGUCGCUCCCGCCGCCGCGCCCGCUCGCUCAAUACACCAGAUCCCGCACAAUGUGACGCACAAGUUUAGCCCCGAGGAGGGCGUGCCUGGCCUGCUCACCGCCGACGGAUUCGACAUUGCGUGGACGCAGCACAUGACGCUGAUGAUGGAGAAGCUCAACGCCCUCACUGCCGGCACCGACUACGAGCAGAUGGACGUCCAGCAGAUUGUCAAGCAGACCGCCCGGCAAGCCCACGAGGCCUCGAUCUUCAACCACGCCUCCAUGGCUUUCAACAACCACCUCUUCUUUGAGGGCAUGCGCAGAGUCGACUUCCCCGAGGACGCCGUCGAGCCACCUGCGAGCAACAUGUCCGAGAAGCUCCAGGCCGAGAUCAAGAAGAACUUCAGCAGUGUCGAGACCCUUCGCCGCGAGUUCAUCGCCACCGCCCUCGCCAUGUUUGGGCCCGGCUUCAUCUGGCUCGUCAAGAACUCGCGGUCGACCGAGUGGCGCAUCCUGACGACAUAUCUGGCCGGCAGCCCUCUGACUGCCGCCCACUGGCGUCGCCAGCCGGUCGACCUCAACAGCCACGGCAGCGACCUGAGCGACGAGAUUGUCGGCAGCUGGCUGGGCCGCACGCAGGCCGCGACCGGCGCCACGAGCGCUGGCCGCUUCGUCAAGGACCACACCGGCCCUGGCGGCAUCGAGGUCACGCCCGUCCUGUGCCUCAACACGUGGCAGCACGUCUGGCUGCGCGACUACGGACUCGGUGCUGGAGGUCUCGGCGGCAAGAGACAGUUCGUCGAGAACUGGUGGCACGUCAUUGACUGGCAGCGGGUGGAGGAGCUUGCUGACCUGAGCGGCCGAAACAACUUCAAGUAGACGGUGUCUGUAGGGUUGGAAAACAAGAGGGGCGACUUGGUUGGGUUGGAGGGCUAUAGCCCGGAACUGUGCCUGCGUGG